GUCGCCUGAAUCAAUUCAUUCGGUAUGUCUCCCCGUUCAAUACCAAUCUACAUCCGUACUGUUCAUCUGCCAAAUCCAAAAUUGUAAAAGCUUCGUCGUUCGCAAAUUUUGGCUGAAGCACAUGUGUCGUUUCAUGGUGAUGGGUUCAAAUAGAUUGUUGUCAUCACAAUUACUUGAUGAAUCAUCAUCUGAUGACGACGAGGAUUUCAUACUUUCUGCUGCGCAAAUCAUUCAUACUGUUUCACAAGUUCGUAGAAAUCCAGGAGGCUCUGUUCCAGGCCGUGCAUAUAUUUAUCGAGAUAGAGAAGCGGGACACGCGAGAUUGUACCAAGAUUACCUGGCUGACAUUCCUACUUAUGGCCCAAACUUGUUUCGGCGGAGGUUUAGGAUGCAUCGAUCCCUGUUUAUUCGCAUAAUGAAUGCUGUUGAACAACAUGAUGAUUACUUUAAGCAAAAAAGAAACGCAGCUCAACAACAAGGUUUAAGUUGUUUGCAGAAGGUUUAAGCACCCAAUGAAAGCGAUAUACAUCGGUUACUUGCACUUGGCGAUGAAAGAGGAUUUCCUGGUAUGCUGGGUUCACUUGAUUGCAUGCAUUGGAGGUGGAAGAAUUGUCCAUCAUCUUUACAAGGUCAAUUUUCGGGCCAUCAUCACACGCCUACUAUAAUUUUAGAAGCAGUUGCUUCACAAGAUUUAUGGAUUUGGCAUGCUUUUUUUGGAUUACCUGGCUCUCUCAAUGACAUCAAUGUUCUUCAUCGAUCUCCCCUGUUCGCAAAAUUAUCAAAUGGAGAAAGUCCACAAGUGAAUUAUAGAAUAAAUAACCAUGACUAUUCAAUGGGAUAUUACCUUGCAGAUGGCAUAUACCCUUCUUGGGCAACAUUGGUUAAGACCAUACCAGAACCACGGGGCAAUAAAAGAAUCUACUAUGCGAAGGCACAAGAAGCGGAAGGACUUGUUGCUAUUUUUCACUGCUACUAAUUGUUGCAGCUUAUCAUUCCAUUUUGGUUGAUUUCUCAAUAAUAGCCAACAAUGUCUAAACUGGAAGGACUUGUUCUGGGGAUCUUGAGAUUUAAAAAGCUUCUCGGCCUGCUCCACCUGAAAGAGAACAAUAAACUCAGUCAACAACAUUUUUAUAAUUCACAAAUUGCAUCUACUUUGUAUGAUGUCGUACCCUAUCAUGAAUUGUCAUCCCACUUUGAUUUCUAGUUUCAAUACUGUUGAUACAUCCACAAAAUUUGCUCACUGCAUCUUGGAUAGAACUCCAACGAUGCAACAGUGAUCCCUCACUACGUUCUGCAAAAGUUCCUCUGUUUUCGUCAAAGAAUAAGUAGAUCCUUCUCCAAAAUGUGCCUCUAGUUUGAUUUGUCCCUUGAAUAGGAUCUGUACUAACAUUCAACCAAGCUGCAACAAGAAGUCUAUCUUCGUCCUCAGUAAAGUUUUUACCCUUUUGCUUCUGGUUUGACUUCGAUGACGUUUGAAUAUCCUUUAUUUGGGCAGUUGGCUGCAACUCAACUGGUGUUUCAGAUACAUCCUCACAAGUUUCAAAAGCUCCAUUGACAAGAU